UGGUCGAAACCAGAGUAAGCAGAUAAAGUAAUGUAUGGCAAGAGGAAUAGGCAUGAUGGAAAACUAGGUGUGGGAGAUCUGCUUAGCUUGGCCUUGAGGGAUCCUAAGCACAGGUAAUUUAAGACCUGUAGUGCUUCUCUCAGCUAUAGAGCUCAUGACAAUGAAGACUAUUGUGUUAUUUCUCGUCACUGUCCUAGUAGCAAGUGACUGUUUGACAGCCCGGUGCUGUGACACUUGGGUAAAUCCAUGACAUGUCAGUGACAGUCCCUGCACAGUGCAUAAUUCUCUUAUAUGGGUCCACUGCUUGUUGAUUAACAUGACAGAGAUAAGAGGACCACCUCUUAGGUUCCCUCUGUCUCUGUUUGUCCACCGCUUCUCCUGGACUUUGGACCAGAGGCGAGCUCCAAAUCCAAACUUUUCUGAAAACUCUGCAGCGCUUCCACCGAUCGAGGGCUUCAAGUUCACCUUUAGUAGCCUCUGCUAGGUGAGGCUGAGACAGAGCCAUUUGUUUAGAAAGGGUGUGUCACAUACUGGUGCUCCUUCUUCAGUCAGCCUGCCAUGCCAGGGCUUGUACCCAUGGAGAUUACAGGUGUGUUAUGUAAGCACUAGAGGUACAGCAGAGUCUGGUAGAUACCUGAGAUUCAGCGGAAGAUCAAGGUAAAGACGGGAUGAGGGAUAGGACAAGAUAAGGAAUUCGGUAGAAAAAAAAAGAAAAAAAAGAGGCUGAAAGUUCAUUCUGUUUUCAGGAUAUGUUGCAGCCAGGGUAUAGCUCCAGUGUAAGGUGGUAUGUCAAACCGUGACUCGCUGGGAUUUGGGGACCUGAUUCCCCAGGAUGUGGUUGAUAUUUUUGCCCAGGACAAGCAUGGCAAAAGGGGCCGGAAGAAGCGCAGUCACUCCCUGGGCCGGGCUUUGGGCUGGCUGAAGGGCAAGAAGAGGAAGAACCUCGGUGAUAAGGGGCAGAGCCUGGGUCUAGGUCCUGCACUUGACUUGGCUCUGGAUGGGCACCCUGCUGGCCAUCAGGGUGGACACAAGGGAGGACAGAAGUCAGGAAGACAGACUCAUCCACAAGGUAACAGUCAUGCUGUCCCAAAGCAAGAUAACGAUGACGAGACCCCGGCACCCCCGUUGUUCCAGGAGAAUGUGUUCAUUGAGGCCAGCAGGGACAAGUACCUGGAGAACCUUCACACUGAGGCCCUGGAGGGAUUAAAAAUGAUGCAGCAGGAAGAAACCAAUAACGGAGUGGAGUACAAGGAUAAUGAAAGCAUGAUUUCGAGAUUGACGACCCACACAGACGGAGAAGGAGGAGGGUUUAUAACUGACAGUACCAUUGCUGACACAACUUCUGUCAUCUCUGUACAAUCAUCUGUGUCCACAAGAUCUUCCCGCUCUGGACUCACCAGGCAAGAAUCUACAUUCAGACCCUUGAACUCCGGGAAAAAGUCAGAAAAGUCCAAGACAAGGAGAAGACACAGGAAGACUGUUGUGGGUAUCCCACAUCAUGUUCAGAGAGAACUGGGCCUGGACAGAGUUGGCUGGACAGUGACUCCGAAAUUAGAUGAGGAACAGCUGUAUAAUGGUGAAACCAGUCCAACCACUGAUGGACCACAACAGGCAGAGUCACUAAAGAGAGCCAAUGCCAACCUUCAAGACAUAAGGGUUAUCCAGCCCCUCAGCAAAGACCAACUUGAUCAGCUUAAUGCCACCCAUGCUGGUCACAGGGAUGACCUGGCCCUGCUGCACUGUCUGGGUCCUGACUUGUCAGGUGAGCAGAGGCCUCGGUCCCUAGCCGUUCCCUGGAUGACCACUGCCAACAGCCUCCAGCAGGAGCCGCCUAGCCCUGUCAUGUCCAUGUCACCCCAGGCACCCUACAUGUCCAAAAUCAUUCCCAAUGCUGUGUUGCCACCCUCCAUUGAUGUGGUGGAAAUCAGCCGUGGACGGAGUCGCAACAGUGUCCGCACCGUCAGCAAGAGCAGCCUGGUGCUGUCCAGCCCAGCCCCAUCCCGUGCCUCUUCUAGAGCUUCCACCAGAACUACUUCCUCCAAAGCCUCCACUAUCACCUCUGCUUCCCGCCACAAUCCUCUCAGUGUGUCUGACAGCUCUUGUUGGAGCAACUCUGAGUCCUCAGAGACUUUGGUGUCUGACUCCUCAACCAUCUCAAGCAGCAGCACCCCCCGACAGAAGAGGUCCCAAGAUGGAGAUUCUUCUGACAAAAACAAAUGCACCUCUAAUGGCAAAGUCGUUAUUAAGGUAGAUGAAGUUAAGAAAGAGGGACCAUUUGUGCGUAGUCUCUCUGUCAUGAAGCCCAAGAGGGCUCCUCCUCCUCCAAGCCGCUCCUAUUCCCUCCACAAUAAGAUGAAGCGCCGGUCGCGUGAUCUUGCUGAGGUUAAGGUCAUUUCAGGGGAAUCUUCUCUCCAUAACAUCUCAGCCUCAGGUGAGGAAAAUGAAAAUCACAAAUCUUCUCCUAUGCGAUCUAGAGUCAUCGACAGUCCUGGAUACAAUGCUGACACCAGUUCUCUGGAAGACUCUAUGGGUUCUGCUUCGUUCAGUCCCUUCAAAGCUCAGCUGCAAGCACAGAAGGCAGAAGAAGGUGCAAAGAUUAAGGAAAAUGACGCUUCACCAGAGAAGCAGGAACCUAUGCAGGAGAAUAAGCUAAGCAAAAUUGCCUCCCCGUCCAGUGGCUACUCAAGCCAAGAAGGCACAUCUGCACAGCUUUCUAAACAGGCCCACAGCUCAUCUCCAAGGCACAAGAAGGGCAUCUUAGCAAAGCUUCAAAGGUUUUUUCCUGGAUCCACUCCAUCUCCUUCAGCUUCACCCAUUCUCACACGACCAGAAGCUCCUGUGCCAUCAGUGGUUACUGCCAGCAUCAGCCCUUCUGUAAGGACCUUGAGAGAGCUCUUCAACAUCCCUCCACCACCUAAUGUACAUGCACCUCCACCUCCUCCUCCAGAGGUAUGGGUUCACAGCGAGCGUAGCAUUGAGUUGUUACUGGGACCCCCAGUGCCUGAUAACAUUCAAGCCAUCAUAAAGAAAAAUCCCAAAGACAGGAGACAACAGAGGCAGUCUCCUUCUGCAUCUACGGAGGGCUCUGUGAAGAGCUUGGUGGUAGAAAGAAAACACAAUCCGACAAUACCAGUGGAAUCCAUUAAUGGAUCUGUACAAGUAAUGGAAACAAAGAAAGUUCAAGAAAGUGGUAUUUUGAAUGCAGAGAUUCACAAAGAGAGCAGUGACAGACUAGAUGGAACCAGUAAAGUGACAGAAAGAAAUGAGAAAGUAAGAGUAAGUGACAUAUUAAAUGGGAUGUUAGUAAAGGCUGUAGAGAAACGUGAAGAAAGGCUGACAACAGUGAGAGAAGAAACCAAAAAGACAACCACACAAACUACAGAGGGAAAGACUAACAUGGAUACGUUGACUGCCAUUUCAAUAGUACGCAUUCCUCCAUCUCCCUCUCCUCCUCCGUUACACCUUCCUUCCAAACCCCCCACCAAACAGACCACAGAGGUCGCUUCUGUCGCAGCAGCACAAGUUGUUUUAUCUCCUGAGAUGUCCUGGCCCCCACCACCUUCACCAAUGGGCCUUGGUGGGACUGAUGACAUUGAUUUCCCUCUUCCACCACCCCCAAUGUUUGGUGAGGAGGUGUUAGUUAUACCUGUUUGCAUGCCACAAGAGAGGACCAUUCCUGAUGGUAGUGACUCUUGUACAACAACGCCUGUUUUAUCAGUGGUGAAAACAGGACAUGUUAGGGUGACCUCAGGGGCUGAACCACAGAAGCCCAGUACAUCCCAGGGGAUAACUCCACCCCUUAAUAUCCCACCUCCCCCACCAUAUACGGCUCCCCCUCCGCCAAUUCAAACAAUCUCCACUCAUACGACUAUAAAGGUCUGUCCUCCACCACCUAAAGAAUUUUCUCCACCACCACCACCACCACCACCUAAAGAGGUUUCCCCUCCACCACCUGAAAUGGUCUCUCCUCCACCACCGAAAGUGUUUUUUCCACCGCCACCGAAAAAGGUUUUUCUACCACCACCUGAAGUUCCUUCGCCACCACCUAAAGAAGUCUCUCCUCCAUCCGCUAAGCAGGUUUCUCCUGUGAGGCCGAAAGAGUGCUCUCCUCCAGCGAUUCAAGAAGCCACCCCUCCACCAGUUAAAGAGGUCUCCCCUCCAUUGGUUACAGUGGUAUCCCCUCCACCAGUUAAAGAGGUCUCCCCUCCAUUGGUUACAGUCGUAUCCCCUCCACCAGUUAAAGAGGUCUCCCCUCCAUUGGUUACAGUGGUAUCCCCUCCACCAGUUAAAGAGGUCUCCUCUCCAUUGGUUACAGAAGUAUCCUCUCCACCAGUUAAAGAGGUCUCCCCUCCAUUGGUUACAGAAGUAUCCUCUCCACCAGUUAAAGAGGUCUCCCCUCCAUUGGUUACAGAAGUAUCCCCUCCACCAGUUAAAGAGGUCUCCCCUCCAUUGGUUACAGAAGUAUCCCCUCCACCAGUUAAAGAGGUCUCCCCUCCAUUGGUUACAGAAGUAUCCCCUCCACCAGUUAAAGAGGUCUCCCCUCCAUUGGUUACCAAAGUAUCCCCUCCACCAGUUAAAGAGGUCUCCCCUCCACUGGUUACAGUGGUAUCCCCUCCACCAGUUAAAGAGGUCUCCCCUCCAUUGGUUACCAAAGUAUCCCCUCCACCAGUUAAAGAGGUCUCCCCUCCAUUGGUUACCAAAGUAUCCCCUCCACCAGUUAAAGAGGUCUCCCCUCCAUUGGUUACCAAAGUAUCCCCUCCACCAGUUAAAGAGGUCUCCCCUCCAUUGGUUACCAAAGUAUCCCCUCCACCAGUUAAAGAGGUCUCCCCUCCAUUGGUUACCAAAGUAUCCCCUCCACCAGUUAAAGAGGUCUCCCCUCCAUUGGUUACAGAAAUAUCCUCUCCACCAGUUAAAAAGGUCUCCCCACCACUGGUUACAGUCGUAUCCCCUCCACAGGUAGAGGUAGAGCAGGUAUCCCCUCAAGUAGUUACCAAAGUCUCUCCUCUGCCCCCUGAAGAACCUCUGUCCACUAAAGAUGUUUCUCCUUCAUCUUCUCAAGAGAAUGGCCAUCAUUCCAUUGAAGAGGCAACACCCAUUAGCAUGCUCACUCCACCACAAAGUAUUCCACCUCCACCACCUCUACCGACACAAUCCCAGUCGUCAGAGCAGGAGAUUAAUCCUCCACAAGAGAACGCCCCAUCCGAAUCUGAAACUAACUCAGUUUCAUCUAACAGUAUUCUCAGUCCCCCUCAGAGUAUUCCACCUCUGCCUCCCAUACAACUUCUUCACCAACCGGAGGUUGUACCCCCAAACACAGAUGAUCCAGCAACACAGGAGGGUGUCCCUUCACCACCAUCUGAAGACUCUAUCCAAAAAGGUCUUGAAAACUCUCCAACAGAAAAGGCUCAAGAACCUGCUCCUUCUCAACCUGUAAUAAUUCCUGUACCGCCUCCUUUACCUGUGCAAGGGCUUGCCAGCAUUAAGCACCAGCCUAGUCCUGCAAGCAUAGAAAACCAAACACUGGAGCUGACCUCUGCUCCUGUUGUACAGGAGGAACCCACACCUAUCGUCACCCCCUCCAUUCUGCAGAUGGUCAAGCUGCGGUCUGUCAAUAGCAGCCCUGAGCCGCCUAAAGCUCAGGAUGAACCAGAGGCUGAGGUCACGAUGAGGAAUCAGCUACCCAGGAAUGAGGUCCCAACCUCAUCUUCCAGUGGUGAGCCUCCUCAGAAGCCCAUCAGAAGGUCUUUGAUCAUGACCUCUCCUGUACCCACUUCUCCACCUGCCGUAGUUACUUCACAACCAGCCCUGCCCAAGUCACAGUCUCUUGUGAUUCCACCUGUGUCUUCAUCCACAGUCCUCUCCCCUACGAAAAAGUCUCCUACCACAACCAUCUCUCCAUCCAUGAACCUACAGGAGGCCAUCCGCCUGAGGACAGCAGCCAGAUCACAAGGCAGCGCUACAGCUCGCCUCAGCUUGCACUCACCAACAUCACCAGUAGACUUCCGUAAGUCCCCCUCUAGCACAGCAAGCUUUGUUUUCUCCAAAAGCAACAAGAAGAUGGUGAUUGAGACCAAUCCAGCACCGGGGACCAAGACAACCAUACAGAAGAACCUGGAAGUUUCCUCUGCAACAAAGGUGGUGAGUCAAACAGAGUUUGUGAAGAAGGAAGUCAAGGUGCCACCACCUGUUGCAAAGAAACCCAAAAAGAAGGGCACAGAGAUUGAGACCAGUGAAGGGACGGAGCAAACUGCGGGACAGGAGGCACUGAAAGAGAAUAUUAUGGAUGCAGAAGAGAAAACAAAUGGGACAGCAGGUACUGUUGAAGGAGGAGGGACGCCAUCAACAUGAUUGUAAAGACUGAAGGAGACCUGGGAAGGACUUAUUAAUUACACUGAAUUUUCUUGCAAGUUGGUCUUUAUGUGUGAAAGACAAGACUGGAUUUGUUGGAUGAGAUAUGCUUAUUUCAGAAAAAAAAUUGAAAAAAUUCUGGAUUUAAAAGAAAAUCUGUUAAAUUUAAUGUUAAUGGUGUGGGUCUUAAUUUGCAAAAGUACUCAUUUUGCAUUUUAUAAAUACAGUAUAUUGUCUUUUGCCAGGGGGUUUUCUGAGCUUUACGAUUGCAAGAGAUGGGAUUAUAGCGCCCUCUAGUGUCAAACAAUGAUUGUACCACUUAUGUCCUGCUGAAUCAGAGCUUUAGACAGUACUCAAUGGGACUUUUGGGCGCUCAUCUGUAAAUAUAGCACCAUUUUGUACAUUUAUCAUAAUUAAUGAUGGAACUUUGCUACAGAGUUCAUUUAAGCAUUUAUUUUCAAAAGCAUUUUCACACCAUAUAUUUGUUUUAAAAAAUAUAUUAUCUUAAGUUAUUUUUCCUGUUUUCAUGUUCAGAGGGUCUCUGCAGACAGAUUGUCUUCUAUGCAAUUCUGUGUUAACCCCUAAUAUCAUUUAAAUCAAAUUUGUUUGUAUUGCUUUUAAUCAUAACCAAAUAUAUGUUCUUCUCAAAAAUCCCAUGUGUCAUUUAUGAUUUAAAGCUAUAUUCAGUCAGCCCCAUAAGUAUUUGGAUAGUGACCCAGUGGCUCCAUACACAACCACAACAGAUUUGAAAUACUGCAAUACUACUACUACACAAGUAUGUGUUUUUAGUGCUGUUCCCUUUCUCCUCGACACUCUGGUAGAGGCUCAUUAUUCUUGUAAGAUCUUGUAUCAAAACUCUGCAGGUUUAUUCUUGGCCUUUCAGUUCUUCAGUUUCAUAAGUUUGCAUCUUAUGGUAAGCCCUCUGCAGUUAUUCUGGUGAAGUCUUCUCCUUAUUGUGGUUUUGGCAGAGGUAUUCAUACCUCUGGAGUCUUCAUGAUGUGUCAGACAGUUAAAAAAGGUGUUUUAUCAACUGAUUUAUGUGUCAACUCACAAUGAAAUAACACCUUUCCUACUACUACAGCUACAAAUGAUAAAUGUCUGUAAUACCAAAACCAUUUAUCUAAUCUGGAUGUAAUUGCCUUCAAAUUAAAGAUAAGAAUCUGAACACCAUAAUUGCAUUUUGUUGUGGUGGUGUACAGAGCCAAUAAAACAAAUGUUGCACUGUCCAGAUACUUAUGGCGCUGACUGUAUGUGCAUGACCUUUAAUAUGACAGAAAAAAUGAGUGUACACGUAAAGCAUUAUUUGGGAGCACAUUUCCUGCUGCUUUUAGUUACUGAUAAUGGAGACGUUGCCUUUCCUCAGUUAUUGCUCAGAUGGGAUAUUUCUGUGUUGAACUUUAAUAUAUUUCAAUGUGGUUUCAGAGACUGUAAUACAAUAAAUGAUCACUCAUAAUGGAAAAAAUAAAGAUUUAUGGCCAAACUG